UUUUUUUUCUUCUCUCUCUCUCUCUUUUUUUUUCUCCUCUUCUUAAACAAACCACAAACGGAUGUGAGGGAAGGAAGGUGUUUCUUUUACUCCUGAGCCCAGACGCCUCUCUCUGUUCCGUCUAAGCUUGUUUUUUGCUGAGCACUUUUUUUUUCAAAAAGGAAAAGAAAAGGAGUUGCUUGAUGUGAGAGUGAAAUGGACGUAAGAUUUUAUCCACCUCCAGCCCAGCCCGCUGCUGCGCCCGCCGCUCCCUGUCUGGGACCUUCUCCUUGCCUGGACCCCUACUAUUGCAACAAGUUUGACGGUGACAACAUGUAUAUGAGCAUGACAGAGCCGAGCCAGGACUAUGUGCCAGCCAGCCAGUCCUACCCUGGCCCAAGUCUGGAAAGCGAAGACUUUAACAUUCCACCCAUCACACCUCCCUCCCUUCCUGACCACUCUCUGGUGCACCUGAAUGAGGUGGAAUCUGGCUACCACUCCCUGUGUCAUCCUAUGAACCACAAUGGCCUGCUCCCGUUCCAUCCACAAAACAUGGACCUGCCGGAGAUCACCGUGUCCAACAUGCUGGGCCAAGAUGGCACUCUGCUCUCCAACUCCAUCUCUGUGAUGCAAGAUAUCGGGACUGCAGAAGGAGCUCAGUACAGUUCUCACCCCCAGAUGGCAGCCAUGAGGCCGAGGGGCCAGCCUCCAGAUAUCAGACAGCAGGCAAGCAUGAUGCAGCACAGCCAGCUGACCACCAUCAACCAAUCCCAGCUGAGCGCACAGCUGGGCUUGAACAUGGGAGGAAGUGCUGUUCCCCACAACUCCCCUUCUCCACCUGGGAGCAAGUCCGCAACCCCUUCACCUUCCAGUUCUGUGCACGAAGAUGACGGCGAUGAUACCUCUAAGAUCAAUGGAGGAGAGAAGCGGCCUGCCUCUGAUUUGGGAAAAAAACCAAAAACUCCCAAAAAAAAGAAGAAGAAGGACCCUAAUGAGCCCCAGAAGCCUGUGUCCGCCUAUGCUCUGUUCUUUCGUGAUACCCAGGCUGCCAUCAAGGGCCAAAAUCCAAAUGCUACUUUUGGUGAAGUCUCUAAGAUUGUGGCAUCAAUGUGGGAUGGCCUAGGAGAAGAACAGAAACAGGUCUAUAAGAAGAAAACCGAGGCUGCAAAGAAGGAAUACCUGAAGCAGCUAGCAGCAUACAGAGCCAGCCUUGUAUCCAAGAGCUACAGUGAUCCUGUUGAUGUUAAGACAUCUCAACCACCCCAGCUGGUCAACUCAAAGCAGUCAGUGUUCCAUGGGCCCAGCCAGGCCCACUCAGCUCUGUACCUAAGUUCUCACUAUCACCAACAACCAGGAAUGAAUCCGCACCUCACCGCCAUGCACCCAAGCCUCCCCAGAAACAUAGCACCCAAGCCGAAUAACCAAAUGCCAGUGACUGUCUCCAUAGCCAACAUGGCUGUGUCUCCACCACCCCCGCUCCAGAUCAGCCCACCUCUCCACCAGCAUCUCAGCAUGCAACAGCAUCAGCCGCUUGCCAUGCAGCAGCCCCUUGGGAGCCAGAUCCCCAUGCAGGUCCAGACUGCCUUACACUCUCCCACCAUGCAGCAAGGAUUUACUCUUCAACCCGACUAUCAGACUAUUAUCAACCCUACAUCUACAGCCGCACAAGUUGUCACCCAAGCGAUGGAGUAUGUGCGUUCUGGGUGCAGGAAUCCUCCCCCGCAGCCAGUGGACUGGAAUAACGACUACUGCAGUAGUGGGGGUAUGCAGAGGGACAAAGCACUGUACCUCACCUGAAAAUCAACACCUCUCCUUUCCACUGAGGAGUUCAGGGAAAUCUUUUCACCACGGAUUGCUUUGUGCACUCAAGGCAGUUCUUCAUUUUGUUAGAAAAAUACAAGUUGCUAAGCACUUAGGACCGUGUGAGCUUGUGGGUCACCCACGCUGGAAGAAAUAGUCAUGCUUCUUUAUUAUUUUUUUAAUCUCUUAUGGACAUUGUUCCUCUUCCCUGAAGGAAGUAUGAACCAUUCUGAUUUCUGUUGGUUUUGCUGUGAAGUGCUACGCUCUAGUAACUGCCUUAGCAACGGUAGAUGUCUGGGGUAAUGGUCCUGGGUUUUCCAUUGGUUUUCAUAAUGGGUGUUUAUAUGAAACUACUAAAGACUUUUUAAAUGGCUUGAUGUAGCAGUCAUAGCAAGUUUGUAAAUAGCAUCUAUGUUACACUCUCCUAGAGUAUAAAAUGUGAAUGUUUUUGUAGCUAAAUUGUAAUUUGAAACUGGCUCACCCCAGUUUGUUGAUUUCACAGAGGGGUUAAAUUGGCAAACAUUCAUAUUUUUACUUCAUUUUUAAAAACAACUGACUAAUAGUUCUAUAUUUUCAAAAUACUUGAAAAAUAUUCCCAAAUGAUUUUAAUUUAAAAACAAAUUGGCUUUGUCUUAUUGAUCAGACAAAAGGAAAAUAGUGUGGAGGAAUGCGCAAGCACAUUUAUUUUGUAUUGCAGAAAAAAAUCCUUUUUUGUAUCACUUUUGUGUAAUGGUUAGUAAAUAUCAUCUAAGUCCUUUUAUGUAUAAAGCUGCCAAAUGCUCACCUGGUGUCGUAGCUGCAGGAACAGGUUGAAAAGCGCUAAAUGAUCAUCUUUACCUAUGGCUCUGUAUUAUUGUUCCCUCAUACUCUGUCUGUAUUUAAUCGUUUUGGUUUUUUUUUAUGGAACUUGUUGCGCCUAUUUAUGAAAUAAUAAAUAUAGGUGU